AUGAAGCAGAGAACGUGGCCAGGUACAUCAGAAGGAUCUCGAUUCACCGCCUUAUCAUUUUUAAAACCUCACGACAAGGAAAAACGCAGUAGAUUUUCCAUUCGAUCAACGGGGAAGUCAAGCUCAAGGUCUUCACCUUCACCACCGUCGUCGAAUGUCGUCGGAGAUUUCUCGAUGCUUCCGUUCGAUAUACUGAUGAAAAUCGCUGCCCCGUUUAGUCUUCCGAAUCUCCACGCGGCGUCUUCGGUUUGCAGAUCGUGGAGAGACGCGCUCCAGCCGCUUAGGGAAUCGAUGGUUCUGCUUCGUUGGGGAAAACGGUUCAAGCACGGAAGAGGAGGCGUGAAAGCGAACAUCGAGAAAGCUCUUGAUUCGUUCCUGAAAGGCGCCGCGCGUGGAUCGACACUCGCUAUGGUUGACGCCGGACUCGUUUACUGGGAAACGGGAGAGAAAGAGAAAGCGGUGGGGCUUUAUCGGAGAGCGGCGGAGCUCGGUGAUGCUGUUGGUCAAUGCAAUUUGGGGAUUUCUUAUCUUCAAGUUCAACCUUCAAAUCCAAAGGAAGCAAUGAAAUGGUUGAAACAAUCUGCAGAAAAUGGUUACGUUCGAGCUCAGUAUCAAUUAGCUCUUUGUUUACACCAAGGCCGAGUCGUGCAAGCCAGUCUGCUAGAAGCUACUAGAUGGUACCUAAAGGCAGCAGAAGGCGGGUAUGUACGAGCAAUGUAUAACAUUUCGCUUUGUUAUUCGGUUGGAGAAGGCGUACCACAAAACCGCAAGUUGGCAAGGAAAUGGAUGAAACGAGCAGCUGAUCACGGUCACAGUAAAGCUCAGUUUGAACACGGCCUCGCUCUAUUCUCUGAAGGGGCGAUGAUGAAAUCUAUAUUGUACUUAGAACUAGCUGAACGUGGUGGCGAAACAGCUGCUAGUCACGUCAAGGAAGUUGUACACCAACAGCUUUCCGCAACUUCUCGUGAUCACGCCAUAAACCAAGCCAAUAACUGGCGUGCUUUACCAGCUACUCGCUAA